CAGACCAGCUCCUCCCUCCAUCACCACUAUGGCCAGCACAUUUGGCCCAAAUGAAUCGAACACACACAAUAAUGCUGAGCUCCGGAUUGUGUUGGUGGGGAAGACCGGAGUUGGGAAGAGCGCCACAGGAAACACCAUUCUGGGAGAAAAGCACUUUAAAUCAAAGUUCUCUGCUGAUUCUCUGACUGUUACCUGUGCUAAGGCCUUUGGUGAAGUGGAGGAACAGAGAGUUGCUGUCAUUGACACUCCAGGUCUGUUUGACACCAGGUUUGAUGAAGAGGAGACCAGAGGCAGUAUUAACCAGAGCAUUAAAUAUGCUUCUCCUGGACCUCAUGUCUUCCUGGUCGUCAUCAGACUGGGCAGAUUCAAAGAUGAAGAAAAGCAGACAGUGCAGAAGAUUCAGGAAAUGUUUGGAAAAGAUACAGACAGAUACAGCAUGGUUCUCUUUACCCACGGUGAUCUGCUCAAAGGGAAACCUAUCGAAGAGGUCCUGAAGGAAAGUGAAGAUCUGCAGGAACUUGUGGGGAAAUGUCACGGCCAGUACCACGUCUUCAAUAAUGAGGGGAAGGAUCGUUCUCAGGUCAGAGAGCUGCUCAACAAGAUCAGAAAUAUAGCAGAGAAGAACGGAGGAAGCCAUUACACCAAUGACAUGUUCCAGAUGGUAGAGUGGUUCAUAAAAGCGGAAAAACAGAGAAUCCUUACAAAGAGAGAAGAGGAAAUAUGCAAACGGAUGGAGGCACUGGAAAACAAAAUAGCAAAACUGUACGAGGAUAGAAUGAAGGAGUUGAAAGCUGAUAAGGAGAGGUUAUAUGAGAUAAUAGAAGGUCGUGAUAGGGAGAUUAAGGAGGAAAAAAGGAGAAUUAGAAAAGAGGAGGAAGAAAAGGCCAGAAGAGAG